AUGUCACCCUCGACCCUGGCACCAUUGAGCCAAGGGACUGGCUACGGCGUCAUCAUCGGCCUCGGCGCCUUCUUUGCCAUUAUUGUCAUCGGAUUGGCCAAGGCAGUGCAGCGUUUUGGCGACAUCUCACGCACCGCCAGCGAGUAUGCCGUUGCUUCGCGGUCCCUCGGCACUGGCCUGACUGCCGCAGCUGCUGUAUCCGCUUGGACCUGGUCCGUCACGCUCCUCAGCUCGUGCUCGACUGCCUAUCAGUAUGGUGUCGCUGGCGCCCUCAUAUAUGGCGCCGGAAAUAUGAGUCAGAUUACUCUCUUCUCACUCAUCGCUAUCCAGAUGAAGCGUCGAGCACCCUUUCUGCAUACCCACCUCGAGCUACUGCGUCUUCGCUACGGUACAGCGGGGCAUCUCACCUUCCUCUUCUUUGCCCUGGCUACCAACAUCCUCGUCGUGUCCUCUGUACUCGUCGGAGCAGCCGCCGCCAUCGAGUCCAUCACUGGUGUCAACACAUAUGCGUCUCUGUUUCUUUUGCCUCUUGCAGUAACCGCUUAUACUCUUCGGGGCGGCCUCAGAUCGACGAUUCUUGCCGACUACCUUCACACCGUCGUCAUCUUUGCGGUUCUCUUCGCUCUCUUCUUCAAGGCCUACGCCACGAGCGACCUCGUCGGCUCUCCAGGAAAGAUGUACGACCUUUUAGUGGCCGCUGCUCGGGCCAACCCAAGCCCGAACUACGAGGGUAGCUGGCUGACGCUCAAGUCCAGGGGAGCAAUCAAGUUUGGCUGGCUCUCCUUCCUCGAGUACACGGGCGUGGUCUUCAACGAUGCCAGCUUCCACCAAAAGGGAAUCGCCGCCAAUCCGUCUGCAGCAGUGCCAGGCUACGUGUUGGGCAGUCUCAGCUGGUUCAGUCUGCCUUGGGCCCUAGCCACGACUGCCGGUCUGGUAGCUUUGGCGCUUGAGCAGACUUCAUCUGCUUUCCCCACCUUUCCCAAUAAAAUGAGCAACGAGGAGGUGUCUGCCGGCCUUGUGCUUCCCUACGCAGCGCAGGCAAUCUUGGGCAAGGGUGGGAGCGCUGGCGUGCUCUUGUUGAUGUUUAUGUCGUCUACUUCUGCCAUCUCAGCGCAGCUCAUCGCUGUCGCUUCCAUCGGCGGCUACGACGUCUACAAGACGUAUGUCAAUAGGAGCGCCAAGGAACAUCAGAUCCUCCGCGUCCAGCAGGGAGUGGUCAUUGGAUUCUCGCUCUUCAUGGCAGCUUUCGGUUGUCUACUGCACGGAGUCGGGGUCGACUUGAGUUUCCUCUACAACAUCACCGGCUUGUGGUCUACGGCAGCUCUGCCCCACAUCUGCUUCUCCUUCUUUGGCAGUCAUCUUCCCAGAUGGGCCGUCUUUCCGGGCAUCUGGAUCGGCUUUGGCGCAGGCUUGGCAGUGUGGCUCAGCCUGGCCAAACGCUUGGAGGGCGCCGUCAACAUCACCGCCCUGGGCGCCGUCGACGUCAACCUCUACGCUUUCACUACAACGAUUGCUACAGGCAUCCUCCUCUGCACCUUUGGAUCCUUGUUCACGCCCUUGCACUUUGACUGGAGCUCUAUUUGGGACGAUCGCUACAAGAACGCCGACGACGAGGAAGAGGUGAAGAUCAUUGAGAAUGACGAGCGCUUCAGCCCGAAGAGUCUCAAGAAGUGGCUCUAUGUAUCGGCGGUUGCGUCGGUCGUGGUCUUUGCCGUCUUCAUGCUGAUAUGGCCCCUGAGUCUCUAUCGAGACUACAUCUUCACGCGCUCUUUCUUUACUGGUUGGGUUGCCGUAUCGAUCACAUGGGCUUUCUUGGGAUUUCUCACCGUUGGCAUCUAUCCUUUAUGGGAGGGCAGGGCCGUCUUCCUGGCAGCCGCGCACGCUUUGAGGGCCGUUUUGACGGGCAGAGAUGACGCAGGGAGAUCGCCUGCAGCGACGGGGAGUGCGGCCAAUCAUGCGGCAGGAUUGGCCUCUGAAAGCGGUGAAAGUAGCGUCAAAGGCGGGUCAGUGACGCCGCAGGAUCCCUUGUAAUAGCUGGAUCGUGGUCUCUGCCGUAGCGGUAGCCACCAAGGCUUAUCCCUCCUCGAAUCGAUCCGACUUCCUUGCCUUGACCGAC